ACUCGCUGGGAAAUAAAUAAGCACUCCCUGAAAGCGCCUGAGCAAAGAUUGUUGCUUAUCCCUUUGGAAAAAAAAAUAAUCUUUUCGCUGUAUACGAUCCUACCAGCUCACAACAAAACCUAGAAAUUUCUCCCCCUGGAUUCGUGUUUGAAUCUCCUCGCUUUUACAAUAUGAAACUUGAUUAUUCUUACCCCUUUGAAGAUCCAAUUCUAGAAAGUUACUUUGCUAGAAUGAAUCUUUCUACAACUGGUAGAUUUUCUCAUUCUUCUAAUGAACAACAACGAUCUUUGAACACGAUGAGGAGUGAUGAUCAGUACUCACUUGCUGCUGGUCACCCAUCAUACCAGAAUAGCUCCCAAAAUGGGACCACAUAUAUGGAGCAAUAUCCUUAUUUUUCCAACAUUAGAAACAAUAAUGGAGGCUGCGGCUAUGAUCAGAAUGUCCGAGAUCAAGACUACCAUGAUAGGUUUGCGCUGCAUUCUUUCCCCAGCACCUCCCAAAAUAGUACCGGACAUACGGUGCAUCCUUCUUUUUCCAACAUCGGAAACAAUAAUGGCGGCCUCGGCUAUACUCAAAAUAUCCAAGACCAAGACUGCCGAGAUAGGUUUGCACUGCAUUCUUUUUCCAACUUCGGAAACAAUAAUGGCGGCCUCGGCUAUAAUCAAAAUAUCCAAGACCAAGACUGCCGAGAUAGGUUUGCACUGCAUUCUUUUUCCAACUUCGGAAACAAUAAUGGCGGCCUCGUCUAUAAUCAAAAUAUCCAAGACCAAGACUGCCGAGAUAGGUUUGCACUGCAUUCUUUUUCCAACUUCGGAAAUAAGCAUGGGAGCACUUCGCGCGCGCGUAUACGUAGUCAGUCUUAUGAUGCGCUUGAUCAAUAUGGAUUAUGUCUUGGUAGAAUACUCGAUGCUGAUAGCACAAUACUUGAUACUGGCUCUCAAUUUAGAAGGGUAAGAUCGUUAGAAUCCUCAACGUCAGAUACUCUGAGGGUUUCUUCUUUGCCUAAUUCCCCAGUUUUUCAAUCAGAUCACCCAUCACUAUAUAAACUGAAAGGCAGAGUGGCUGUGGCAGCAAGAAGUCAAAUUCUGUAUCGGGUCUUGCAGGGCGUCCUUGAUGAGAGGAAGCCAGAUCUAAUUGAGAUGAUUUUCUUGGAAGUGAAAGAUUAUGUACAUGACUUAAUGGAAGAUCAGUUUGGUAAUCAUGUUAUUCAGAAGCUUUUUGAAGUAUGCAGUGAAGCCCAAAUGACUCAACUUAUUCUCUCUUUGAUCCAUAACCAAAGGAGGCUGCUUGGGUUAUGCUUUCAUCUAGUGGGAACCCGUGCGAUGCAAAAGAUGAUAGAGCACAUCAAAACGCCUAAGCAAAGAUUGUUGCUUACACAAGUUUUGAUUCGGAGGACAGUCAUCUUAUCCCAGAACCAAAAUGGUUAUCAUGUAAUUCAAAAAUGCUUGGAACAUUUCCCAUUUGAUGAUAUAAAGCCCCUCAUCAAAGAAAUAGCAGAAAGUUUUCUUGACAUUGCAAUGGAUAAAAGCGGAUGUUGUGUAUUGAACCGAGCUUUGGAUUGUGCACAAGGGGAGCUUAAGCAUCUUCUUUUGCUUGAAACAAUAGCUAAUGCAAUGUUACUAUCGGAAAGUCCUUAUGGGAAUUAUGUCGUGCAACAUGUACUCGACGAACGCAUACAGCAUGCAACAAUCGGGAUACUAGAGAAGCUAAAAGGAUAUUUUGUGUCUCUCUCCAUGAACAAGUUUGGAAGCAAUGUCGUGGAAAAAUGUUUGAUAUGGAGCGGGGAGGAGAAUGCUUCAAUGAUUAUCGAGGAGUUUAUGCACAGCCCUUACUUCGUGAACAUCUGCCGUAAUAACUUCGGGAACUAUGUUGUUCAAAAGGCACUGGAAGUAUCAAAGGGAGGCAUUCGCAAUGCUCUUGUCAGUCGCAUAAAUGAUUCCUAUCCAGAUCUGUACAGUGAUAUUAAUGCAAAAAGGGUGGUCAGGAAAGCUCGAGAUAUCAGGUUCCGGAUAUAAUCGCUAGGCCAUGACACCAAGUUCCGAACUAGUUGUGCUUUCAGCUGUCGAAAGUUCCGUGUUGCAUAUCCCUGAAAUAUUAGUUAAUUUGUUGUUGAUGUUAGACUUGAUAAGAGGGCAGUUAUAUUGCUUUUUGCUAUAGAUAGCUAUUAGUAGUAGCGUUUCAACUGCAGAAGAAAUAAUGAUGAGUUUGUAAUUUGAAGCUGUUGUUACAUUAAACAAACCAUUUGGACGCUAUGUUGAUGUAAGGUAAAUAUGCUUCAUCAACAGAGAUGCUGUUGUUGAUUAUUAUAUAUUAGAUUCAAUUUCUUAGUUUUA